AUGAUGGAAGUCGAGCGCCAAAGCAAACUCCAAUGGAACGUGCAGCCGUCCGAGUUCUCUAGACUCUGUUCCAACCCCAUCCGCAAAAUCGUGGACAACAUCAAGAAACCCGCCACGUCGAACAAGACCCUGAUCCCGCUGUCGCUCGGCGACCCGACGGUGUUUGGUAACCUACACUGCCCCGAUGUCCUGGUCAACGCCAUCGUCCGGAACACUCGAUCCAUGCAGCACAAUGGCUACAUCCACUCUGCUGGUUCUGAGGUUGCCCGUGCGGCAAUUGCCCAACACUUCGGCAAUGUGAGGGCGCCUCUGACCAUGGAGGACAUCAUCAUCGCCAGCGGAUGCUCGGGUGCUAUCGAGAUUGCUCUGCGCGGUCUGUUGAACCCUGGUGACAACAUCCUCCUCCCGAAGCCUGGGUUCCCUCUGUAUCAAGCUCUGUGCGAGGCGCACAAGAUCGAGUGCAGAUUCUACAACCUCAAGGUCGACCUCGAGCACAUGCAGUCGCUUGUUGACGACAACACCAAGGCCAUCCUGGUCAACAACCCCUCCAACCCUUGCGGCAGCGUGUACUCCAAGCCUCACCUGGAGAAGAUCCUCGCGCUGGCUGAUGAGAACAAGAUCCCCAUCAUCGCGGAUGAAAUUUACGGCGACAUGGUGUUCGGAAGCAACGUGUUCUACCCUAUGGCGACUCUGACGAAGACCGUGCCCGUGGUGGCCGUGGGUGGCUUGGCCAAGCAGUUCCUGAUCCCUGGCUGGCGAGUGGGCUGGGUCAUGGUGCACGACCGCAGCAACAUCCUGAAGGACGUACGGACGGCGUACUUCAAGCUGUCGCAGAACAUCCUCGGAGCGAACUCUCUCGUCCAGAGUGCCAUACCCGAUGUGUUGACUCCGGUUCCCGGAAGUGCCGAGGCGCAAUCGCUGGUGGACUUCAAGAAGCGAUACUUCGCCACGCUGGAGGACAACGCCAAGUUCACCAUCGACACCCUGAUGCAGAUCCCGGGCCUUGAUGUCGUGGUGCCUCAGGGCGCGAUGUACGCUAUGGUGAAAGUCAACACGAACGUUCUGACGAAGAUCAAGGACGACUUCGACCUCACCCAGAAGCUGCUGGACGAAGAGUCCGUGUUCGUGCUGCCCGGCCAGUGCUUCGGAAUGACCAACUACUUCCGCAUCGUGUUCUCGGCCCCGCACGAAGUAUUGGCGGACGCUUACACCCGUCUGGCCAACUUCUGCCAUCGCCACCAGUGAGCAACGCCAGUUUACAAGC